AUGGAGAAGAAAUUGGAGUGUACGCACAGUAGCUCAUUGGUGAUGUGUCCAGAACAUCAGCAAACAGCAUCUUCUGGGACUGAAGAACGUCAGAUUGAUCAGUGUAGCCCUCUCUACAUUCUUUGCACUGUUUCUGGUGUCGCAUUGAUAUGUGCAUCAAAGCAAAUGCGAACAGUGCAAAAUCUGCAUAGGAGAGAACGUUUAGAGUUCUGCGCUGAUCAAUCUGAACACUUUGCCAAAUACCAGAAGAAGGUACAGCAUGAGUGUCCAAACUGUGGUAAUACAUUUACGCGCAACGGCAAUCUUAGAACACAUCUCAUCAAGUUCGACAGCUGGGCAAGGACAGCCUUACUCUCCUGCUCUUGUUUGUGUACGCAUGCCCUUGGUGACCAGUCUCUCGAAGAUAGUGGUUACGUCAAUGGGGUGUUCAACCCGAUUGUUGACAAGAUUGUGAACUUGGUAGACUCAGAAAUGACUGUGGUUAAAGAACUGACAGAAUAUCAUGUGCGACAUGAUGGUCCACAGCCGCCCUUCGGUCCUCCACCAAACCCUAUUAAGCACCAGUGCCGAAACUUGGAGCCCCUAUUCCCUCUCAUUGCGAACCACCUCCAGAAGAAGGACAUAAGCGCGGCUUCGUGCUUGCAUAGCGCCAGCCUUCACAUGAACACAGUCGAGCAGCAGAGAAUUGAGCAGGCCGAUGACAAAGCUGUUGACAUGUUGUACCAAGCCUAUGCCCAGAUACGCGCUCCUCCAGCAGUUGCUCCUCAAGCCCUUGUUGCUCAUCCUCAAUAA